AAAAUCAAGAGACGAGAUCACCAACCCGAGAAACACAACGUAGACAGCGGUUUAAAAAGAGAAAAUACACUCCUAGGAUUUUGGACACGAAAGGAAAAGGGGAAAAAUCGGAUUACCUUCUUCGACCCCUCCUUUCCGUAAAGUUUCCAUCUUUCCCAAAAUUCUUGUUUUCAUUCACUUUCCUUUCAAGUUCUUCACCUGCCGUGGAAUUGAACUUGAGACUUUUUGGACGUUUUAGCUUUCAGCAGUUGAGAAACCUAUGAAAUAAAAUGGAUGGUACUAAUUCAAUUCCGAAGCCUCAAAGCAACUUAGAUAUACCCGCUUUCAGUGCCUCACAAAUGGCUUCUCCUUCAUCUUCCCCUUCGAAUAUGCGUUUGAGUCCUGAGAACAACAGUAACAAGAGAACUGGGAUACCUCCUUCACACCCCAACAACCCUACUGCUUCAUUGCCUUAUUCACCACAAAUGGUCGGUUCGCGUACCAAUGCUCAACAAGGGGCACCUAGUCAUUUGAGGUCUUUAUCUCAGCCCACAUUCUUUUCCCUUGAUCGAUUGCCCCCAUGGUGUCCUUCCCCUUAUCGAGAUCCUUCUGUCCCUUCUCUCUCCGAUCCUGCUUCUAAUGAUGUUUCUAUGGAAGAAAGGGUUGUUAAUUCUAAUGUAAGGCCCUCACUCCCUUCACCUGUUGGCGGAGGAAGUAAUGAGUUCCGCAUCGGCGAGAGUUCAAGCCUACCUCCGCGGAAAGGACAUAGGCGGUCUAGCAGCGAUGUUCCAUUAGGAUUUUCUACUAUGAUUCAGUCAUCGCCUCAAUUGGUUCCCAUAGGGAGUGGUGGCAUGUUGGAUAGGUCAGUUUCAGGUAGGGAAAGUACUUUUGGUUCAGAGAAACCGAUUCAGUUGGUGAAACGAGAAUCAGAAUGGAAAAAGGAUCGUGCUAGUAAUGUAGAAGUGAUGGGUGAGAGGAAAUCUGAUGGGGAUUUUGCGGAUGACUUGUUUAAUGCGUACAUGAAUUUGGAAAAUCUUGAGACGUUGAACUCGUCUGGUACUGAGGACAAGGAUUUGGACAGCAAAGCUAGUGGCACAAAGACAUAUGGUGGCGAAAGUAGUGACAAUGAAGUUGAUAGUAGAGUAAAUAAACAUCCAUUCACUUUAAAUGGAAUGAGUUUUGGCGUUUCUAAUGAGAGGAGGGAAGGUGUCAACAAGAGGAGAGCUGCUGGAGAUAUUUCACCGAAUGUUCGACAUUACAGAAGUGUCUCAAUGGACAGUUACAUGGGAAGUCUGCAAUUUGAUGAGGAUACACCAAAGAUCCCUCCUUUGGGAAAUCAUGGAAAUCAUCACUCUCCUGGUAGCUCAGCUGAUGCAAAUUCAAGUAAAUUCAAUUUGGAGAUUGGGACUGGGAGUAGUGAGUUCAAUGAAUCUGAGAUUAAAAAGAUCAUGGAAAAUGAGAAGCUUGCUGAGAUAGCAUCUGUAGAUCCAAAACGCGUCAAAAGGAUUUUGGCUAAUCGUCAGUCAGCUGCUCGUUCCAAGCAGCGGAAGAUGCAGUACAUUGCAGAACUAGAACAAAAGGUUCAAACUUUGCAAACAGAGGCAACCACAUUAUCUGCACAGCUAACAAUGUUACAGAGAGAUUCUGCUGGGCUUUCAAGCCAGAACAAUGAGCUAAAGUUUCGUCUUCAGGCCAUGGAACAACAGGCCCAACUGAAAGACGCACUAAAUGACGCGUUAACUGCUGAAGUCCAACGACUGAAGCUCACCGCAGCAGAGUUCAGUGGAGAGGCUCAUCUUUCAAACCGUAUGGCUCAGCAACUUUCCAUCAAUGACCCAAUGCUACAGGUACAACCUCAGCAACACCAGCAGCUAAAUGUUUAUCAGAUGCAGCAACAACCACAGCACAGUCGCAAUGACCCAUCCAAGACCCAGCAACAAAACGGUGAUGCUGCUGCGAACGAAUCCAAGUGAUGAUGACCGGCAAAAGUACAACUUCAGUUCAUGUUCAGGCAUAUUAUGAUAUCCGAACUAGGUUCAAAAUAACAGUGAUGGUUUCUACAGAUACCAUAUACAUAUAUUUUAUUUGUUCUCUAGUAAACUUUAACCAUUUUUUGUUCAUGCGAUGCCUUGCGGUGCAGAGGCAUCGGAGGAUUGAAGCUAAACUUACAGUUCUGUUGGUUCAUUUAUGGUAGGCCCGAACCAUCUUAAACUUUUCCCCCCUAUAUUUAAUGGUGUUAUAUUUUGCAUUCCUCAGCCUGUAAGGAAUGAUGACUACAUAUUUUGCUUCAUCUGUUU